GGGUGGGCCGUGUUUCUUGACAAAUAUUUACAGGACUGGGUACCAGCUGAUGAAGCUGAUUUAAGUAUGGCGGUGUUUCAUAAAGAUCCUUGUGGACUUAUUUGUCUUUUCAUAACUUAUUCCGCUGUGUUUUAUGCAGACUAUUGUAUAGUUCAACAUGUUGUUCGUCCCACUCUAACAGAAAGGUAAAUUUCUUCUAUUUUAUUUCUCUACGUCUCAAUAAUUUUCUCGCUAUUUUUUAAGAGGUAGCCGAAUCGAUCAUCAUAAAUUGAUUGUAGGAACGUAUUUAAUCAUUUUAAUUUGAAUGUCAAUCACUUUUCUUUUUCAGUAUUAAGACUAAAAAUGUAAUUCUCUGAUAGACUGAGAAAAAUUUUAAGUUAUACGACGGAAUCAAAUCUUUCAGCCACCUUUAGCCAAAUUCGAUCACAGUCAUUUCAACGAAAACAUCAAUUUCGAUGUGGAAUGCUGACGCGUCUGUUUCAGUAAUUAACAACUAGAGUUUAUCGUGAUUUCAUAAGAGUUGUCUUGUGGUAUUAUAUUGUAUGUUACAUUCAGCAUGCAAUAUAACAAUGUUCCGUCAAUGUCUGUGACUAUAUGAAAAUUAUGUAUAUGGACUGAGGAUUAUGGUUAAGAAAUGAACAUGAAAUAGAACUUUGCAAUGAUGAACUCUACUUAAGCAGUAGUUGAAAUAACACCUGUAUGGGGAUUUGAACCCAUGACUUCUGCAACUCCGAUGCAGUACUCUACCAACUGAGCUAACAAGCCAACUGAUAGCUGGUUACUAUGUUGGUUGUUAAUAAACUCCCAGAUCAAAUUUGUGAAGUGAUGAAUCAGUGAUAAUGUUGAAUAUGGGAUGAAAAUCAUACUUAUCUGGUUUAUUGAUAUUGUAAGGAGAAACUAUGGAUUUAGUUAAAAUAAUAAAUAUGAAGAAAUGAAUCUUGACAGUGAAAUGAAAAUCAAUUUGUGAACUAUGGAUUUAGAAAAAAUGAAAUUGAUCUAAAAGUAGUGUUAAAAUAAAGCCUAAAAGUAGUGUUCAUUAUUGUUAAGAUCACUUUCAUAUUCAAUAUUCCAUCAACUCUUAGGCUAUGCUGAAAACAGAAGUGUUUUGAGGGUCUUGAAUUAUUAAAAUAACUUAUAAGAGGUAUAGUUCAGGGCCUCUUCAGUCUUUGGUCUCAACUUGUCAAUGACAUGAGUCUUGUCUUCUGUCCAUGGGGGCAAAUUUCCAUCUGGUUUGUUGGGCUGAGAUUUCAGCCUGGCUACCCUUCAUGAUGAGUCUUAAAGCUUGGUUACCAAAAUGAUAAGGGGAAAUAUUUUAGUAACCAAGCUCAAGUGUUUAUUUUAUUAGGAAAAGUUGCUAAGACCAAUAAUUAUUGUGGAGAUAUUGGUUCCAUGGCCAGCAUCCUUCCAUUUAGGAACAAAUCCCAAUGUUUUUCUGAAGGUUAGACUGGAGAAAUUGCAGAAACCAAAGCAACCAUUAAUCAAUGUUGGUAAUUCCAAUGUUGGUUAUUCUAGAACAAAAAUAUUGUGAAGUGAUGAAUUUAACAGUCUUGAAAGCUAUAGUGAAUAGACAUCUGAAUUUUCUUUCCCAAAACUUAUUAAUCUCCAUUUGGCUUUUAUUUGUUUUUAGCAUCUGGGGCAGCUUACAUGUUUGUAUAUUUAAUAUCAUUGUUCUACUGUUGACAAUAUCCCAUGUCAGAGCAUCAUUUUCUGAUCCAGGUAAGAUGGGCUCUUCAGUAUGGCACUCAGCAUCUUUCUUUGUUUUUUCUUUUUGUUUUGUAGUUUUGUUUUUUGUCUUCGAUUUAUCUUGAUGGCUAUAAGCUAAAAGGAAGUACAUAUUUGCUUUUGUAAGCCCUGAUAAAGAAAAAACUAAUCCUUAAGGAAAGAGAAAGCUGGUUUCAAUUUUCAAGCUCUGAAGGAGAAAGUUAUGAAAUGGGGCAAUUAAAAGCAAAAUUAUAUAAUAAAUAUCCCCAUAUCUUGCAGAAUAUUAACUUCAGAGGUUUGCCCAGAGCAGAACAGUAUCGAGAUCAGUAACAUUUUGAAGAGAACCAUUUGCGUAGGCAGUCCAUGCUUUUUGGAAGGAGUGCCUGCAUGAAUGUACUAGUUAGCUAAAUGUACAGAAACCACUGCAUGUUUUCUCUUUGUAAAUGGUUGUAAAAUUUAGUUUUUGCUUUCAUGUUUAAUUCUGUUUACAUCUCUUUUUAGGGGUGGUAGCUAGACCCUCAUCAAGUCUUGAUUUCUCAGAAAUAAAUAAAGCAAAAACUAAGCAAACAGAGGUGAGUAAACAGAGAAGUAAAAACUUAGAGAACUUAGAAAAAGACCUCACCUGUUAAAAUAUUUCAAUUUUUCCUUGAAAGAAUUUAAUAAAUUUGCAUUUAAAUGUUUCCAACUAAGAGGAUUACUUGACAUGGUCAGGCAUUUCUUUACUUUGAUUUCUGCACAUGUUGAACAUUGAUUCAUAAACCUUACAAGUACAUGCUAUAACUUAAACCUUUUGAGAAGACAGAAAAAUACCAAGAAAAAGAGAUGAUUAACUCAACCCUUUAACUCCCAAGAUCUGAUUGUUAAUUCUCCUCUCUGGCUGCUGUGCAUUCCCUUGUAAAUCAGUUAUGAGAAUUCAGUGUAAGAUCAAGAUAACAACUCUUACCUGAUAAGUUGGAGUUUUCUCAAUACCUGGUGGCAGGAUAAUGUAUGGAUAUUAUAGGGAGAAUUUCCAUGUUAAUCACCUCUGGUAGUUAAAAGGUUAAUAAAUAUCUGCUGAUGGUUUCAGAGUGAAAAUGAAUGGACUGUCUGUGCAAAAUGCGAAGCUUAUCGUCCACCGAGGGCACAUCAUUGCAGGUACAUAUACCAGAUGUUACACAAGGGAAAUUCCAUAGCCAUAAAACCAGCCUAAAUUAACCCUUUCAAACUCAAGAUCCAGAUAUUAAUUCUGCACACUGUUCUUGUUACAUUUCUUGUCAUUUCAAAUCUGAGAAUUUAUUGUUGCAUCAGCAAAUAUAUUCCCUAGUUGAUAUUAUUCUUAUCUCUCAUCAUCUUUCUGUGCAACAAAUGUAUUGAUAUUUUAGGGAGAAUUAAAUUUUUUUAAUCGCUGGUGGGAGUUAAAUGGGUAAAACAAGUUUAAUUUACAGUGCAAUGAAAUCAAAAGGUAUUGACAACAGAAUUUGUUAUCUCUGUUUCAGGACAUGUGGAAGGUGUAUAAGAAAAAUGGAUCAUCACUGUCCCUGGUAAGUAAACUGUACUUGACACAUUAACCCUUUCAUUUGUAAUUCCCCUUACUGCCAAAGAUACAAUUAUCAUAAUGUUAGUUCAGAGAAUUCAGUAUUGGAUCAGCUAUUUAUCCCCAAAUUGGUAUUUUUUCUAUUCUCAUCUCUUCAUCUGGUUGAUAUUGUAAUGAUAUUUUAAGGAUAAAUUCUGUCUUGGUCACCCAUGAGAGUUAAAGGGUUAAAUAAAAUUCACUUCAAGCCUAAUGUGAUAAGGGUACCUUUCUUUAGAAAAUUAUCACUAUUUUGCCUUCAUUUUUUAUCCAUCUAUAGGAAACCAUGUUUUCUUUUACACCUGGAAGCUAAAAAUAAAUCUGAAUCCCACUGUGCAUUCAAGUUACCAAAAAGGAAAUAGGAUAAAAAUACAUUUUUAUGGCAUGAAAGCAUUGAGCAGUUUUCUCUUAUAGGAUCAAUAAUUGUGUUGGAGAAGCUAACCAGAAGUAUUUUAUUUUAUUCCUGUUUUACACAGGUAAGAUAUUUUUGAAUUGUAAGCACAUUAAUCAGGUCUUUUGCCAUUUAAGUCUUUCUUUCUCAGAACAUUCAAUAUAGAUUACUUUAUUAAAGAAAACGGUGAUGGUGCUUGCACUCUUAGUAGUUUAUGGCUGUGCUUUGAUGAGUGUUUGUUUUGUCCAAACCCUCUAGAGUUUCUCAGCCAUGCACAACUCUCCUAAAUGUUCAGAUGAUGCUAUGUAAACACAGAAAAAGUCUUCUAUUUUCUAAGAAACAUUAAUUACAGAUAUUGAUAUCAAAUGGAAGACUUAAAGACAAAAUGACAAGGAUGCUUAGUGUCAGGGAAAUAAUCCUUUUUACUUUAAUUUGGACUCACCAGUGCCAGCAUAAGCUUACUAGAGGCGGUUGGAAGAUAUGACUCACCAUUGUAUGGCCAAUUGUUUGUUGUCAACAUUUUUUUUGCUUCAUAUUGCCUUUUAGGUCUAGCAUCACUGUACAGUAUAAUUCUCACAGCUGUGUCAUGGACAAUGGAAUGCAAUGGCUGCACCAAAGACUAUGAGAAAAGAACGAGAUUGUGAGUCUGUCUUGCAAAGAAGAGUUAGCUAUAGUCAAUUAAAGCAUUAGAAUUUGUGAGUGACCAAGACAUAAUUUCUCCUUACUAUAUCUAUACAAUAUCAUGUAAACAAGUGAUGAGAAUAAAGAAAAAUAUUAAUUAUGGGAUUACUGAGUGAUCCAAUACCAAAUUCUCCAAACUAACAUAAUGAGAAUCAUUUGGCAGACAGUAAGGAGAAUUACUAAUGAGAUCUUGGGAGUUAAAGGGUUAACCCUUUGCACCAUCACACCAGUGGUCAUGUUCUCCACACUGUUCUCUUUACUUUUCCUAUGGAACUGACAAAGAGAAUUUGUUUAACAAUCAGGAGAUUCUUAAAUUGGUGAUUAUUUUCUUUUAUUCUCAUGACCUUUACAUUUCAUUCAAGGGUGAUACUGUGAGGAGAAAUUAGUCAGUUUCCUCUUAGUCCCUUGAAGGUGUUAAAGGAUUUAACAAUAAUUAUUAUCUCCAUGACAACAGGAAAUAUGUGACCUCCACCUAACAUGAAUUUAAAAAAUGGUUCAGUCAAAUUGAAUUUUUCAAAUUCAUAAAUUGUAACUCUCCUUCUCGUAACUCUUCUGUGAGAUUUCAUUCCAAAAAAAAUUGUUGUUUUUCCUUUCCAUAUUCAUUAUAACUACAUAUUUUCUGUCUCAUGAGAGUAUUAAUUGAGAUUCUCUUUAAUAUAAAGGUUAAGUUUUGAAUGUCACAGGAAGAUCCACUGAAAAAAAUACAUAACCCAAUGUAACACUGUUUGUUUCUUUUUCAGAAUUUACACUGUAAUUUUGAUGAUCGAAGGUGUUCUGUUUGGUUUAUUUGUCCUAGCCAUGUUAUGUGACCAGGUAUGUACGUGUACACUACCAUAUUAUGAACAGUUAUUGCUACAAACAUUGUUGUUGAAUAAACUUUGCUGGUUCCCAAGCCCUUUGCUAUAGAGAGGAGUAUAGUCCAAUGUAGUGUCAUAAAAUAAUGUAACAGGCUGACAUCCAAAAGAAUUUUAUUGUGCAAUGAAUCUUUAAGAUUAAAUCUCAGUGGCACAUUUGCUAUAAGAUUUGACCAUUAUCACAGGAGGGAUGACUAGUUAGGGAACUAGACAGACAUCCUUGUUAUGUUUUUUAUAGGUUUCCUUGAUCUGACCAUGCACAAAGUAAUUUUUUUUACUAUUUAUUUCAGCCAGGUACUGCAUUAGUUGAGAUUUUUCUUAAUUUCUGUCCUUGCCCUUCAGUUCUCAGCCAUUACAGGUGACCUCACAGCUGUGGAACAUGUACAGCGGCAAAUCAGAACAAACCGCAAACCAAGGAGUGCUCUCUUAGCUGAAGUGUUUGGAAGAGGUGCUUGUCUAUUUUAAUAGAUAUACACGUAGAUACUUAUGUUUCUUCUUAUAAGUAUUGUUAUUAUCAGUACUAUUAUGUUUCUUCUUAUAAGUAUUGUUAUUAUCAGUACUAUUAUGUUUCUUCUGAUAAUUAUUGUUAUUAUCAGUACUAUUAUUAUUACUGAUAUUACUAUUAUUAUUGUUGUUAUCAUUAUUAUAAUUAUGAUUAUAACAGUUCUUGUUAGUGAUACCACAACAACUGAAACCUGAGCGAAGUACUUUUAGUAAGUCUAUUUUAAUUUAUACCACAGGUGGAUUUUUCAUUUGGUUCUGUCCAUGUUCUUCUCCUCCCAGCCCGCAACGGUCAACAGCAUCAGAACGCUAUAAUGUCUAAC